AUGAAGACACCUCUUGUGACGGAAGUGGAGAUUAUUUACGACCGUGAGAGCGCGUCACCGCUUCCUACAAGUGUCAUUGAUUUGACGCUGACCAAGGAAGCGAGGAGGGCCCGUAGUGCGCCGGAGGCUCUUAUGCUAGGGGAUGGUCUCGACCUUGAGGAUCCCAUGGUCUCGCACUAUGCUGAUACUGGAAGUCAACUUGCCCAGGAUGAGAAAGCAGCAAUGAAUCCUUCUAAUAUCUUGAAUGGGGCAGAUCGACUACGCCAUCACACGCCUUUUAACUCGGAGAAAUACGAAGAUGAAAGGUCUCAUGAGGUCGUGGGCACAAACUUUCAAGAACCUUUGCGUCACAUCCAGGUGAAUCCUUAUAUGAACCUCAAACUAUAA